AUGCAAGUACACGUGCAGGAGUAUUGCGUUGAAGCGACCGCAUCCGACACCGUGAGCUUCCUUGUUGAACAGCUCAAGCUGAAGAUCGGUACCACUGACCAACUCAUCAUCCAACAGAACGGCAAGCCUUUGCCUUUGGAGGCCACACUCGCAUCCCUUGACAUCUCCGAGGACACCAGGCUUCAAUGUUGCGUUCCCUCUCCCGUCUUCGUCAGGACUCUGACUGGAAAGACCUUGUUCCCCAUCUCCAUCCAAGCCAGCACCACCAUCGAUGAGUUGAAGAUGAGAAUUCAGCGCAUGGAGGGCAUUGCAGCGGACCAGCAACGCCUGAUCUUUGCGGGAAAGCAACUGGAGGAUGGCCGCACAUGCGGCGAGUACGACAUUCAAGGAGAGUCGACGCUCCAGCUGGUUCUUCGCCUUCGCGGGGGCAUGUACGAUGAGAUCUCAGGUCGUGAGGGCUUUUCAGUGCUCUCCGACCAGAUCGUCCUCGAGAACGGAAGGCGCAUCAAGCUUGAAGACGGUAGAUGGAAGAUCGAAGGAAGCGAGCUCUUCUACGCAUCCAAGGAAGAGGUCCUGAGCCGCUUGGAGUCCGAACGCGUCGCGGGACUGCUGGAACGCUUGGAGGGCCUACAAAACAAGAGCGCAAUGUACGAGAAGGAGGCUGCGUUUUGGAUGUCGAAGGCAGCGAUGGAGGUGGACAGUGAGAUGGAGAGCUGA